AAUUCUAUGUUUUUUUGUUUAUAUUUUUUAGGACAAUUUUUGUUUACGAUCGUGAAAAAAGUUAGUUUUAUUGGUUUUUAGCAAAGAAAAUGGAUGAUUUUGAAUCAAGACGAGAAAAGGCUGCAUAUUUUCACACCCUUUCGUCUGUUUUAUUCUGCCUUAGAGGGAAAAGUAUAGUGAUAGAUUUGAAGAAUGAAGCAAUUGCUUGUGGGAUUGUUGACGAAGUUGAUGGAUUUAUGAAUGUCAACCUGAGAAAAGUGGUAUUUGUGAGUGAAAAAGGUGAACAGAGGAUGUUUGAACAAUUCUAUGUUCCUAAACGAAAAAUUCGUUAUGUUCAUCUGCCCAAAUUGGAGAUGCCCAUUGGGAGCCUCCUAGAAGCUCAAUUUUCUGGCUCUUCUCGCCGCCAGAAGAAUCCUAGACAUCAAAAGAAAUCCUUCAAGCAACUGCGCAGCCAUCGUUACCAACAGGAAAUUCUCAGAGAGCACAGAUUAGCUGAAUCUACUUCCACUGGAAAAAUUUCAGAAAUUGAAUGCAAAAACCCUAGCAAUAAAACCAAUAAAACGGAUUAAAAAUCAA